GCAGCCCUGCGGGCAGUGCUGAAACAAGGUGGAACAAGAAACGCCUGAGGGUCCGAGUGCGGUCCUGGUACCCCCAGCGCCAGUGACCUCGUCACCGCCGCCUUCAGUCCACGCAAUGAUCCAGCCCACGCCCCGGCUCUCUGUGCCCGCCGCGCUGGCCCUGGGAUCAGCCGCUCUGGGCGCGGCCUUCGCUACCGGCCUUUUCCUGGGGAGAUGGUGCCCUCCAUGGCGAUCAAGGCGAGAGAAGCGCUUGCUGCCCCCUGAGGAAAGCCCCCUGUGGCAGUAUCUGCUGAGCCGCUCCUUGCGGGAACAUCCGGCGUUACGGAGCCUGCGGCUGCUAACUCUGGAGCAGCCGCAGGGAGAUUCCAUGAUGACGAGUGAGCAGGCCCAGCUUCUGGCCAACCUAGCGCGGCUUAUUAAGGCAAAGAAGGCCCUGGACCUGGGCACUUUCACAGGCUACUCAGCCCUAGCAUUGGCCCUGGCACUGCCCCCGGCCGGGCGUGUGGUGACCUGCGAGAUAAACCCGGGGCCCCCGGAGCUGGGGCGGCCCCUGUGGCAGCAGGCUGAAGAGGAGCACAAGAUUGACCUGCGGUUGAAGCCCGCCCUGGAAACCCUGGAUGAGCUCCUUGACGCGGGUGAGGCUGGCACCUUCGACAUAGCUGUGGUGGACGCUGACAAGAAGAACUGCACCGCCUACUACGAGCGAUGCCUGCAGCUGCUGCGGCCAGGAGGCAUCCUCGCUGUCCUCAGUGUCCUGUGGCGAGGAAAAGUGUUGCAACCCCAACCGGGAGACCUGGAAACCGAGUGCGUGCGAAACCUGAACGAGCGCAUCCUACGGGACGCCCGAGUCCACAUCAGCCUCUUGCCCCUGGGCGACGGCCUCACCUUAGCCUUCAAAAUCUAAGACUGGCCCCUAGAGAUGGCCUCGAUGGAGGGGACCUGGGAACCCCAGCCAUCGACCUGGAGUUUUAAGUCUGUCAAUAAAGUGGGUCCUGGACACAAUCUUACGAGCUUUCCAUACAGCACUGAAAUGGG